AUGUUCUCAUCCAUCCGCCCACGCCUGGCGCAGAUUGGCGACAGCUGUGAGCCUACACUGCCAAAUCCGACAGCCCAAGCUCGCGUCUUGCCAUCCGCCACCAUCCAUGAUCUGCCGAUCGAGCUUCUUGUAGAGAUCGUUGGAUAUACUCCCGAUAUCAAGGACCUCCGCUCGCUAUGCCUUGCGAGCAAAUCACUUAGCAAUGCGGCCACGCCCUCCCUGUACCAUAAUAUUUACGUCGGCAAGGAUGCUGGCCGGAUGCACAACCUGGUCCGCACGUUGUCGCAAAGUCCGCCUCUGGCAAUGCACAUCAAGAGCAUGCAGCUCCAUCUUUGGACAGAUGGGGAUACCGUCAUACCCACCCCAUCUGAGCUCAUCAGCUUUCUCGAAGCUAUUCUCCCAAUCGCCUCAUACGAUAGCUGGUUCCAUCGCAAAUUGGCCAAUGCUCUACGUCACGGCUACUAUGACGGGAAUGCUAUCUUGCUACUGCUCCUCGCCGUACAAGUCGAUAAAUUGGAUUUGCUAGAGGAUUGCGGCCGAGUCGCACUCCUGCAGUCCCACGGCAACUUCAAUUUCCAACAUUUCCCGGAUUUUGUAAAGGCCUUGAUCAAGUGGGCAGCCUCAUCAGGUUCAAUCAAGCCCGCUUGCAGCUCAGAUCUGUUUCCACCAAAGAGUGCACUGAAUAACGUACGGACGCUUCGCUUCUAUCCAGACAAAACUGUCAGGCUCGCUGGGGACGUCGAGUCCGAUGACCCCUUCGACAAAUACUUUCCAGCGGUCUAUCCAUUCCAGUACAUGCUUCUUCCACGUCUAGAAGAAUUUUCGACGCGCGCCUCGGAGUCAUGCAACAGCUUCCCUCCGAUGUAUGGACAGGCCAACUCGUAUAUUACUCGUCUCCAUAUCACGUGGACCGCCAUGGACUCGAAGGACGUAGGACUAGCCAUUCGAACAUGCCAAAAGCUGGUCGAAUUGUCCGUCCAGUGGAAUCCGGACACACUCGAGUUUGAUUACUCUACUGCAACAAUCGAUCUCCACGAGAUUCGUUCAGCUUUGGGUCAGCAUGCAGACAGUCUGAAGAUCUUGGAUCUAAGCUUCACUGCACGCGAAGUGUGCCCAGCACUUGUUCGCGGUAACCUAGGCACUCUUUCUCAGUUCUCGGCUCUCCAAACGCUACACCUGGAUGAGACGUCUAUGUUCAGGUCCGAGGUCUCUGAACUCAUCCAAGACUGGGAACCACUACGUUCUUUUCAACGGGUGUCCAGCUUUCUACCAUCAAACCUCCAGGAAUUUCAUCUCGACACUCGAAAACCUAUGUCACCUAUCACGGUUUACGAGGUAUUGAGCACUAUCGGCGUCAUGCUGCCAGCACGUCUGACCGAGUUGUCCAUGGUCUUCGAAUACGGUUGUUGGAUCGAUCUUGCGAGGAAGCACACAGACUGCUGUCAGGUGCUGUCGUUCCAUCCAUUGAUCACUGGACUGGUGUGUGGAAGCAGUCCUACUAGGCUCGACAUGAAGAGAGUGCUGCAACUUACUGUCAAGCACCAGGAUGGUGUCCUCGUCGGUCUGCGUGAAGCGAUGGCCACCGACUUGAAGAAAGCACUACGGGAAGGCCUGAAAGCAGAUCAUGAAGACGCAAAUGAUGAAGAACCAGAAGAGGCUACCGAAUGAAGGGCAAUGGAGAGUUCGGAUGGGCAUGCAGCACAGAUGCGACGCGC